GUCAAAAUCGUGAUAAAUAUGGAACGAUUCGCAAGUGAAGAUGACUUCAUUUUUCAUUAAACUAUACACGCGAAUAUAAAAGUUGACGCAGCGGGAUUCGAUUUGCUGUGAUUGUGGUUGUUCUGCGCGAAAAAUGAACGUUAAGUUAGUGUCCUAAUUAGUUCGGUUAAUUACGACUUUGUCUCGCGUUGGCGAUAAAAUCCGAGGGCAAAGUUUCCUUGCUCGACUUGGACUGUGCUACUACAGCAGUCCCCGAUUGAUUUUUAACCGUUCUUAGACGACUAAUUCAGGGUAAAGUGUAGCAAAAGAACCCGUCAAACUGGAGCGCCUACCAGAAUACUUACGUGACACUGUGGAUUGGUUUAUGGGGUAUCACAUAUUCCUGAUGUAAUGUGGUUAAACAAAAGUAUUGGAAAACUGAGAUCGGAUUCUCCAAGAUCGUUACUUCCCCUGGAUGCAGAACAGACAAUCAGUUGCUUCUGCAGAAAAGCCAGACGGAAGGAGAGGGAAGGAAACGAUAAUUCAAGCAGUGGUGACAAUAAAUUGUACUUAGAAGCUCCUGUACUUGAAAGAAAACUGCCUGAAUUGGAUAUGAAGGUUUUAGUUGAUUUACCAGCUGGUUUAGACUACAAUGAAUGGCUUGCAUCGCAUACUAUGGCCCUAUUUGAUCAUGUGAAUUUAGUCUAUGGCAGUGUUAGUGAAUUUUGUACUAUGACAGGGUGUCCUGAUAUGACUGGACCCAGUCAAAGAACUUAUCUAUGGUUUGAUGAGAAAGGCAAAAAAACUAAAGUAGCCGCCCCACAGUACAUAGAUUACGUAAUGACCUUCAUACAAAAGACUAUAAGUGAUGAGAAUAUAUUUCCUACUAAAUAUGCUAAUGAAUUUCCCUCUUCCUUCGAGUCAAUAGUUAGAAAGAUAGUGAGACUGUUAUUCCACGUGGUUGCGCAUUUAUAUGCGGCCCAUUUUCGAGAGGUUGUUCUCUUGGGUUUGCACGCGCAUCUAAACCUAACCUUUACGCACCUAACAUCUCUUCACCAUCGAUUCUCGUUAAUCGAACCGAAAGAGACGGAAGUGUUACGCGAUCUCGAGAUUGCACUUCGACUUACGGACGAUGGCAGUAAUCAAGAAAGUACUUCCGGUACGGAUGGCGUAGAUUCCGGUGGUAUUGAUAACGCGGAAUCCGAUAACAGUAAAAGUCAAUCGGAGGAAGCAACUGAUUUUUUUUCUGUGUUUAAUAUAUUCUUUAAUAACAGAAGAGUGACAAAACUGAAAGAACUGAAGGGAGAUAAUUUUUUAGGUGGCGAGCAAAAGUCGUAGUUAAAUACAACAGCGUGUGGCUACUAGAGAGAGUAAAUUAUCCUAAAAACCGCAAAACGAAAAAAAAACUUAAAAAUCUAAACUAAAUGCAGCUUGCACUUUUUCUCUUUAUUAUUUUCUUUGUGUUUUUUUGUUAUCGUAAGAAAAUAACGUUGUUUAAAGUUUAAAGCAGGCUGACCUCAGAGUUAUAAAAAGAAAAAAUUAAAAAAAAAAAAUACUAGAAAAUUUAUCCACUCGUAGCUGUUAGUGCAAUGUGAUUUUAAAAACUGAGACACUAUAGUGACUUCCGUUUUGAAAUAAUUAUUGUUUUUCUCUCCGAUUGUGUCCGUAUUUAGUGAUAUAAUUUAUUAAUUAAUUAGUUAACAUUGACGAGAAAACACGUUUUUUAAACACAUUAUUAAUUAAUUCAAGAGUUACAAAAAAAUAGUAAUCAAGCCAAUUAAAAAAUUAACUAGGUCAAACUGUGAAAACAAAAUGUACUUUAUGCUGUUAAAAAAAAUAUUUACAAAGUCGUAUUUUAGUACUUAAAAGCAUUGCAAAUUUUGCAUUUUCAUUUAAAAAUUUCCUUUCUCCCAUCAAUAAAAGAAAAUCUACCCAACACCUAAAGAUUUCCUUCGCCUUCAAUUUGUUGUGUACAAAAAAAAUUUGAUCGGAAAUGAUGUGUAAUAAGUACGUUUACGACAGCGCUUUCACUUAUGAGAGUGCCAUUCGAACAAUUCCUUGUACAGUGUUGAAAAGAGAAGAGACAAAAAGAUUCAGAGUUGCUAAGGGUGUAUAUAUUAUGAUGUAAAAUAAGAUUUAAAAAAUGAAUUUUUAGUUUUUAUUUAUUAGAAAAUUACAGUAAAAAAACCACUAGUUUAUAGUAUUGUUGAAGAAUAAAAUCACCUAAUGUUACACUAA